AUGCCAGGCAAGACGUACAUUGUCGAGCACCUCGACCCCGAGCUGGGCCCCUGGUCCGAACUCGAGUACAUCGCCAUCGCCAGAGAAACCCACGCCGCCGAGGGCACCUUUCUCCUCUCCUCCCUGCCCGCCGGCUUCGUCGCCCCGGAGAAGCUGCAGCAGGUCCCGGCCUUCAAGGCCGAGAACCGGGGCGUCGAGGAGCUGUACGCCGCCGACAAGUCCCGCGUCUGCCUGCUCGACCCCUCCGCCGCCAGCGACCUGAGCCCCGAGGACGGUGAAAAAUUCGACGCCUUCCUUUUUGGUGGCAUUUUGGGUGAUGACCCCCCGAGAGACCGCACCUCCGAGUUGAGGAAGAAGGGUUUCGAAGGCAGACGCCUGGGUCCCACCCAGAUGACGACUGACACAGCAGUCCGCGUCACGAGAAUCGUCGUCGAGGAGAAGACACCGCUGGAUAAAAUUCCUUACGUCACAUACCCCGAGCUCAAGUUCAGUGAGCACGAGAGCACCGAGAUGCCCUUCAAGUAUGUCACGGAUAAGGACGGUCAGCCCAUUAUGCCAGAGGGCAUGGUUGAUCUCAUCAAGAAGGAUGCCGAUAAGGCGAUUGAUGACCUCUUUUAA